UGGGCGAGUGAGCCGUCCUCCGUCUUACACCCUCAUCAUAGUCGAACUGGGCCGACAUAGACGCUUUAUCGUCGUUAAAUACUCCUUAAUUAGCAUGGCCUUCCUCAAGCGGCUUGUGCCUCUUAUAGGCGUUAUCGCCCUGGUGGGCACACCCGUCUCUGGUCAAUCAGUCCCCAUAGCGUUCUGCGCCCAAAUCCUCACAGCAACGACUCCUGGCAAUUUAAGCAUAUACCAAUCCGAUGGACUCUGUCGCGAUUUCUGCGUGGGCGAGUCUGCAUUCGCCAUUGUCCAGUUUAACCAGUGUUGGUGCAGUGACUACGAACCCGACAGUUCGACCCUGGUGGACGUGACCGACUGCGACGCAAAUUGUCCUGGCUACCCCAGUGACAAGUGCGGUGCCGACGGAUUAUGGGGAUAUAUGUCCCUGGACAGGAGACCUGUCGGGACAACGAGUAUUGGUAGUCAAACUACCACCACCGCGCCUCCAGACUCAACGCCGACGGCUAGUUCCACUCUGGCCGGGACGAUUUCCACAGUGACAACUGGCGGAAUUAGGGAGACGAUUACUAUAAUACCUACAGUUACAGAUAGUCCCAGCGCGGAACCUUCAGACAACUCGAAUGAGCCAGUGCCUAGUCAACAAGGGCUCUCCACCGCUGGGGCGGUCGGGAUUGCGGUCGGGGUAUUCGGUGCCGUGGCCAUCGGCGUCGCAGUCGGCGUCUUUUACUGGCUCCGACGCAGGAGACAGCAGCAAGAAGGGGGCAUGGCGGAUCUACCAGGCAGUCACCGAGGGAGCUCAGCCGGCAUGAUGGGCACCCCGACGACCGCGAUGGCCUCCGUGUGGGAUGGCGAUAGCGGAACAAACGGACGAAGGAAUAGUCGAUUUAUGCCCCAUGAUCCUCGCAUGGACCCGUACGCAGCCAACAUCUACAGUCGUUUCGAAAAUAAGAGUCACGAGAGCGUCAACACGCUGCAAGACAACCAUGACUAUUCUCGGAAAGUACUUCGAACUACCAACCCAGACCCUCCGGACGCCGAGCAAAGCUAGAUUUCCGAUCAUCGGAGCAGGCUAGAUAACGACGCACACGAUUCUUUCGGUCGGAUUUCAGUAUUGGGUCACAGCAUUGCAUUUGAGAUACCAGGAUGGCGUUUACAGGAGAAUGAUCUUCUGGGAUAAAAAUUUACAGGUUUUCUGUCACACACACAUACACAAGGCAUCCUAGUUUCGUGAUGUCGGAUUUUAUUCUCGUUCGAUAUUUGUUUUCUCGGCCCCGUACACGAAUCCCUUCCGCAAAGGGGCCUCGCAUGGCGGCGGUAUCGACGGU